UUCAGCCUGAUUUCUUGGUUGGGACGUGUUCAGGGUUUGUCCCCUUGGUUCCUGACUAGAUCUGGUUGCUCCGCAUCUGUGCUGCUGAGUGGGCGCCUCUGAUGGGUGAACCUGCCCACGAUUGAGCCUGGCCUGUCAGGAGGGCCAGCCGCACAGGCCGAAAACAAGAAACAGGGUCAGUGCGUGGCAGCCAGACACCACGAACAGAGAGACGCAAGCCCAGGCACAUAGCCGCUCCAUGCGGACGGUAGCCACAGCAGGGGGGGAUCACCUAGUAUCUCAGUGGGGCAGAAGAUGGAGGUAAUUAGUGGGCAGGCGCUUUCUUUUCUAUUUUCUUAAUUUAUCCAAGUGUAUUACCUGAGGUAAUAGGCUUCCCUAAGUCCAUGUGAAACUUGCUUGUGGAUCUGAUAGUGUCAAUCUCUCAGAUUUCUGAGAAAAUUCGGACUCCCCCUAUGACAUCACUGCAUUGCAGGAGUGGUGUUAAAUGCAACCCAAAAAUCCUCAUUAGGAGUAAGGCUAGCUAUAAUAAAUGGCUGUGCAACUUUUGGAAGGUCCUGGCCAAAUGGCAGCUCUUUGGGGUGCCUAACUCCUAGUGGAAGACCAAGAAAGGCCAAGAAACCUGCUCAAGGGCAUUGGCAGUGGGUGUCUGGGUGCAUCUUCAUGGUGGUAUAGCCUCAGAAAGGAAGCAGGGUCAUCAUUCAAUCGGUGCUACACCCAACUUCCACUUAUUCGACGCUCGAAUCGUGACAGGCUUUGUUUAAGUUUAAAUACCUGUUUAAACUGAAGAAAGCAAGCUUUGUGACUCUAGUCACAGUUGUCGUAACCCUGGUCAGUGCUACCUGGCCUGGAUUUCAGGCUCAACUUGACAGCGAUCAAUCACAUCGGCAAUUUCCGAUUUCCAGUUCUAUGGCAGAGGCUUCUUAGGAGUUUAAACCCUUGUCCCAGUGAUGGCCAGUCCGCCCAUUGGCUUGGAAGGUUCAGACCUAUCUUCCGUCAACACCAUGAUGUCGGCAGUGAUGAGUGUAGGGAAGAUCGCCGAGAAUGGCGGGAGCUCCCAGGACGUUAAGUCCCCCACAAAGCCUCCAGGACCAAACCGGAUUGGCAGAAGGAACCAGGAAACGAAAGAGGAGAAGUCUUCCUAUAACUGUCCCCUGUGUGAAAAGAUUUGUACUACACAGCACCAGCUAACUAUGCACAUCCGUCAGCAUAACACAGACACCGGAGGAGCCGACCAUUCCUGCAGCAUCUGCGGGAAGUCGCUGAGCUCGGCCAGCUCCCUAGACCGCCACAUGCUGGUGCACUCUGGUGAGCGGCCGUACAAGUGCACCGUGUGCGGCCAGUCUUUCACCACCAACGGAAACAUGCACAGACAUAUGAAGAUUCACGAGAAGGACCCCAAUGGCACCACAGCCACAGCCCCCCCAUCCCCCUUGAAACGCAGGCGGCUGACCUCCAAGAGGAAGCUGAGUCACGACGCCGAGUCUGAGAAGGAAGACCCCACGCCUGCCAAAAAGAUGGUGGAAGACGGGCAGUCGGGUGACCUGGAGAUGAAGGCGGAUGAAGUUUUUCACUGCCCAGUGUGUUUCAAGGAGUUUGUGUGCAAGUAUGGGUUGGAGACCCACAUGGAGACCCAUUCGGAUAACCCCCUGAGAUGUGACAUUUGCUGCGUCACCUUUCGAACACACCGGGGUUUGCUGCGCCACAACGCACUCGUCCACAAACAGCUCCCAAGAGAUGCGAUGGGAAGACCAUUCAUACAGAACAACCCUCUCAUUCCUGCUGGCUUCCACGACUUGGGGUUCACUGACUUCUCCUGCAGGAAGUUUCCCCGGAUUUCUCAGGCCUGGUGUGAAGCGAACCUGCGGCGGUGCAUCAGCGAGCAGCACCGCUUCAUCUGCGAGACCUGCGACAAAGCAUUUCCCAUGCCCCACUCACUUGCCCUGCACCGGCAGACCCACAGCACCGGGGACGUGGGGCGGGAGAAGGCUCAGGCCACGCCCCUGGCCGGGGACACACUUGAUCAGAAAGUCUUCCUGGCCUUGUUGGGCCUGCAGCACACCAAAGACAUGAAGGUCACCCUCACUGAGGAGCCGCUGCCGGAUGACAACCGGGCAAUCCAGCUCGAGACACUCAGGUGCCAGCUACCUCAGGAGCCUGCCUGUGCCAGCCUGCUGAGUCUGUCCCCCUUUGAGGCCACUUCCCUUGGAGGCCAGCUCACCGUCCUCCCAGCCACCAAGGGGAGCAUGAAGCAUCUGUCCCUACAGCCCUUCCAGAAGGGUUUCAUCAUCCAGCCUGACAGCAGUAUUGUGGUCAAGCCCAUCUCCAAUGAGUCGGCCAUCGAGCUGGCCGACAUCCAGCAGAUCCUGAAGAUGGCCUCCUCCGCGCCCCCCCAGAUCAGUCUUCCGCCCCUCGCCAAGGCCCCACCCACGCCCCUGCAGGCCAUCUUCAAGCACAUGCCCCCACUAAAGCCAAAGCCCCUGGUUGCACCGCGCACGGUGGUGACCACCUCCACACCCCCGCCCCUGGUCAACACCCAGCAGGCGUCUCCGGGCUGCAUCAGCCCCAGCCUGCCUCCGCCCCCACUCAAGCUGCUCAAGAGCUCCGUGGAGGCUGCCUCCAAUGCCCACCUGCUUCAGUCCAAGUCUGGGGCCCAGCCCAGUGCCACCACCCAGCUCUUCCUGCAGCCCCAUGUGGAGCUGGCUGGCCAACCUGAGAUGAAGACGCAGCUGGAGCAAGACAGCAUCAUCGAGGCACUGCUGCCCCUGAACAUGGAGGCUAAGAUCAAGCAGGAGAUCACAGAAGGUGACCUCAAGGCUCUCAUGGCGGGGCCCGCCGGCAAGAAGGCACCCGCCAUGCGCAAAGUCCUGUACCCCUGCCGCUUCUGCAACCAGGUGUUCGCCUUCUCGGGGGUGCUGCGUGCCCACGUGCGUUCCCACCUGGGCAUCUCGCCCUACCAGUGCAACAUCUGCGACUACAUCGCUGCCGACAAGGCCGCCCUCAUCCGCCACCUGCGCACACACAGCGGGGAGCGGCCCUACAUCUGCAAGAUCUGCCACUACCCCUUCACCGUCAAGGCCAACUGCGAGCGGCAUCUGCGCAAGAAGCACCUGAAGGCCACCCGCAAGGACAUCGAGAAAAACAUCGAGUAUGUGACCAGCAGCGCCGCUGAGAUAGUGGAUGCCUUCUGCACCCCAGACACCGUGUGCCGGCUGUGCGGGGAAGACCUCAAGCACUCCCGGGCACUGCGCAUCCACAUGCGGACCCAUUGCGGCCGAGGCCUGGGCGGCUGCCAGAAGGGCCGCAAGCCGUUUGAGUGCAAGGAGUGCAGCUCAGCCUUUGCGGCCAAGCGCAACUGCAUCCACCACAUCCUCAAGCAGCACCUGCACGUGCCCGAGCACGAGAUCGAAAACUACGUGCUGGCUGCAGACGAGGGGAACCCUGCUGAAGGGCCCGCGGCCCAGGCCGCCAGCUUGGUGGCGGAGGGCGGCUACGGUGCCUUCGCUGACCGCAAGCCCAUUGCAGCCUUCCUGGAGCCUCAGAACGGCUUUCUGCACGCGGGCCCAGGCCCCCACGUCUCAGUCAAGCUGGAGCCCUCCAGCGGCUUCGCAGUGGACUUCAAUGAGCCCCUGGACUUCUCCCAGAAGGGCCUGGCCCUGGUUCACGUGAAACAGGAAAGCGCUGCCUCCUUUGUGAGCACCUCUCCCCUGGCCCCCUAUGACUGCUCCAUGGAGCCCAUUGACCUCUCCGUCCCCAAGAACCCCAGAAGAGGAGACAAGGAGACGGAGGCCCCCAGUGAGGCCAGGAAACCUGAGCAGGACCCCCAAGAUGACGAGCAGCCCCUGGCUGCCCCACCCCCAGGCCCCACUCUGCCGGGAGUGUUUGGGCCCAGUGGGGGCUUGGACAAGCCCGCAGCCCCUGCACUGGCCACCUCGACGGCACCACCGAGGGAGCCCCAUGCUCAGGCCCUACAGGCCCCCGUGCAGCUCACUGUCCCCUUCUACUCCUCUCCCCUCCUGGCCUGCCCCACCCUCCUUAGCAACUCGGCCCUCAUCAGCAGCUCAGCCCUGCUGCGGCCCUUGCGCCCCAAGCCACCCCUGCUCUUGCCAAAGCCCUCUGUGACCGAGGAGUUGCCCCCGCUGGCCUCCAUUGCCCAGAUCAUCUCCUCUGUGUCCUCGGCCUCCACUCUACUGAAGACCAAGGCGGCUGAGCCAGGGCCGGCCAGUGCAGGCAGUGGUCCCUCAGGCCCCGACACUGGGGAGGGUGCCACGCCCAAAGCCACCCCCACCCCCACUGACUUGAUAAGCCCACAGAACUCUGGUGACCCGCCUGCCACAGCCACCAGCCCCGAGGCUGCCUCUCCCACUGAGCAGGGCCCAGUUGGCGCGUCCAAGAAGAGAGGCAGGAAGAAAGGCGUGAAGAGCAGGUCCAAGGUCAGCAGCAGCACCGUGGACCUGGACUCGAGUGGGGAGUUCGCCAGCAUCGAGAAGAUGCUUGCCACCACAGAUACCAACAAGUUCAGCCCAUUCCUGCAGAGUGCCGAGGACGAUGGGCAAGAGGAAGUAGCUGCCGCCCCUGCUGACCCCCACGGGCCUAGUGACGAGGAGCAGACCAGCCCCCCAGAAGACAGGGCGCUCAGGGCCAGGCGCAACUCCUAUGCCAACUGCCUCCAGAAGAUCAGCUGCCCCCACUGCCCCCGUGUUUUCCCUUGGGCCAGCUCCCUGCAGAGGCACAUGCUCACGCACACUGACAGCCAGUCUGACGCGGAGACCACGGCAUCGGGAAAUGAGGUGCUGGAUCUGACCGCCCAGGAGAAGGAGCAGCAGGCUCCCGAGAGGGGCCCCGAGGAGCCCUGCGGGGCUGAAGAAGACCCCCCUGCCGAGGAGGGCAGGGCAGGAGCAGCCUCUCCUGUGAGCAGGGAGGAAAAGGCAGAGGAGGACAGUGGGGAGGCAGAGGAGACACGAGAAGAAGAUGCCGAGGGCCUAGAGGAGGACACAGUCAGCAACAAGAGCCUGGACCUCAACUUGGCCAGCAAGCUGAUGGACUUCAAGCUGGCCGAGGGCACCACGGGCGGCGGGGGCUCCCCUCAGCAGGAGCUGAAGCAUGCCUGCGACGUCUGUGGAAAGAACUUCAAGUUCUUGGGGACCCUGACCCGCCACAAGAAGGUCCACAGCCGCGAGGAGCAGAAGGAGGAGGAUGGCCAGACUGAGGGGCCAGCAUCCACCCAGGCGGCCAGCCCUGCCCCUGAGCCCGAGGAGAUGCCCGUAGGCCUCUCGACUGUGGAGCCAGCGGAGGAGGCCACGGCAGAGAAGCCACAGGAGGAGGCGGAGGGGGUCUCCGAAGGGGAGGGUGCGGCUGAGAAGAAGGCCUCUGAGAAGAGUGAUGAUGCCAAGAAGCCCAAGACAGGCUCCCCCAAGAGUGUGGCCAGCAAGGCGGACAAGAGGAAGAAGGUGUGCAGCGUGUGCAGUAAGAGGUUCUGGUCUCUGCAGGACCUGACCCGGCACAUGAGGUCACACACAGGGGAGAGGCCGUACAAAUGCCAGACCUGUGAGCGUACCUUCACGCUGAAGCACAGCCUGGUCCGCCACCAGCGCAUCCACCAGAAGACCCGGCACCCCGAGAAGGAUGGUGACCAGGACGACAGCGAAAACGAGUCUACCCACAGUGGCAACAAUCCCGUCUCCGAGAGUGAGGCUGAGUCCACGCUGAGCACCAGCAACCACAUGGCCGUCACCCGAAGCCGCAAGGAGAGCUUGGCCAAGGAGGCCAGUCGCAAGGAAGAGAAGGUGGCAGUGAGGACAGCUGCUCCCUGCCAGGCUGAGUCCAGCAAGGCUGCACCCAGGGCUGCCCCUGGGGUCAGCCCCACAGAGCAGGCAUCUCAGGGGACCGCUGACCAGCCAGGCUUUACUUCAGGGCAGGACCAGUCCCUCCUGGCCACAGCCGCUGAGGUCUUUGCUCAGCCCCCGGGAAUGGAAUGACCGGCACCCUGCACCCCAACACACCGAGCCAGCAGAGCAAAGCACCCACUCUGCGCUUCCCAGGCUUCCUCAGCACCCAUGGGCAGCUGGAGGGAGGAGCACAAGAGAGUGCAAUGCAGGCAGAGGGAGAGGCAGCCCGCCUCAUGCCAUAGCCCUGCGGGCUCACCACACCAGACCACACAGACUGAUCCGAGUGCCUUAACUACUUUACCCAAAAGCCUUUGGAAUCUUAGUUUUGUUUUUGCUUUCCAAAAUGACUACACACACACACACACACACACACACACACACACACACACACACAGAAAGCAAAAUAAGUCUUUCGAUGAAUUAUCUGGAGAGGAUGUUUUCAUUUAAAGCAUUAAUGUUACCUUUUUUAUUGGUAUGUGUGAGUUUAUUCUUGUGAGUCUAUUGUGAUAGUACUGUUUGUUCUAUAAGCUGGAAACAGCAGAAAAACAAAAAUGCCCCUGGAUUACCCAUAGCCAAUAACUGGAAUAAAAUGAUGUGAAUGUCAUAUAAAUUACCAGAGGAAAUAUGGAUAAAAUGCUGAGUUCUCAGAGUCCUGUCCUGUUCCCCACCCCCGCGUUUGCUACCUGGUAGAGCUGGAUCUUGACCCUGGUGUUACAGGAGUUAGUUGAUGAAGGUUUCAAAGUUGGUUCAAGCCCAAACCAGGAAAGAUUCCUGGCAUGCCCCUCACUCCUGGAGGUGGUCUUACUGCUCAUGUGUGCAGACCAUCGUUCUUGCCUUACAGAGAAGACUUACCCAGGCAGCGUGACCUAUGGAAGUCGUAUGCACAGCUGUCAUAGAUUUGUCUAUUUCCCCCUUUCAGUAUAUUAUUAAUGUUAUUGUUAUAUUAUUAGUUCAUCUGUCUGCGAAUCUCUGCAGUGAGCAGAAAUAAAUGGGCAAUAUUUGUCCCCAGAGCCGGUGCCACCGCCGGAGCCCCGCGUGUGUGUCCAGCCACAUUGGGACCAGCAGCCUGUGGUAGCCCUUCUACUGUACUUAGACCAGCCUCUCUUCCAAGAUGGGGCUCCACAGGAAGCAGUGAGUGUCCUUGGCAACCAGCAGGGGAGUGCUCAGGCAGGGAGGGGCCUGUGUCCCCACCAGUGCCUGGGGAGAACCAUCUGAGGCAGCCCCAGAUCCGCAACCUGUACCCAGGGACUGCCCAAGAUAUCAGGUAGUGGGGAAGCGAGAUCUUCUCUGUCUUCCUGUUAAACCCCACACCAGCCUUCACCCCACUGCAUAACUGCCAUUUGGAAAGCGAAAAACUACUGGUGAUAGAUAAAGCUACAUGUGCAAGAAUAUGCAAAGAAAUAGAUGUGUGAUUACCUUCCUGCCUUUUAGGGUUGGUGCUGGAAGAUACAAAAACAAGAGUUUUUAGUUUCUGGAAUAACCUGGGCCCCUCUCCUCGCAGGAACACCCUCCCACCCCCCACCCCUCCCCCGUGAGCAUCCUGUGCAGAUGAUAAAUUCCCUGGCUGCAGCCAGCCAACCGCCCGCCCCGCCCACAGUGGAAAGAGAGAUGCUACUGUAGCUGAGCUCUGUUCAGCGUCUGCCCUCCGCUAGGCCUCUGGGAGCCCGGAGCCGAAGACAGCCUGUGCUGUCUGCCACUUGAACCCUCGCCUCAGCCUGGGGGAUGCAGCUUCAACCCCACACCCCCUCCCGGGCCCCUGUGUGCACCCAUGUGCACACAGGUGCACCCUUUCCACUUGCACCAAUUUCUGGUGGCUGAAAUUUCAGCCAUCCUGAGUCAGGGUGUGACGCCUACUCUUGAGCACGAGACGUGCUAGUGUUGCAUAUGAAAGGAAGGAAGGAAGGAGGUCGAGGUAUAUAUGAUUUCUAACUGUACGGGGGAUGUUUGAACCAGUUUUUCAAAUGAGAUUUUAUUGAGUUUAGAUGAUUGCAAAUCAGAACCGAUGCCCCCUUGCCUUGCCUGACUCUACCAAGUGUGGACUACUUGUGAAAACCAGUUCAUUAGCCCUUGUUAAUUAUUAUUACUGUUAAUAUGAAUUGUUAUUUGGGAUUUCUUGUGUUUUUGUUGUUCUUUUGCAGCUCCCCACACUAAAACCUGCAAUCCUGUGGGGGAGAAGCCAUGCCUAAACUCUUGGCUGCGGUGCCUUGUCGCAAUCAUCAGCUCCCGGCCACGUCGCCGGGCUGCAGCUCGCAAUAAUCACUUUGAUUUAAAGCUUUAUUUAGCCUCUUUCCCCUCGUAGUCGAGAUAGUCUUGCCACAUUUUAGUAGUGAGGUUGAGAAGUGUAUUAUUUGUUUGUUGUUUGCCCUGCCCUGCCCCGACCCCUCCAAUAUUAAACUGUGAAAUAGGUGAUUUGUUUAAACUCUGGGUGAAUCAUAGCUUAGUUUGCAUGUUCAGCUAAUUUGUUUUUCUAGACAUUUUGUUUGAUUCUCUUUUUCCGUCUCUCAGGGCUUUUACAAAGAAAAAAUAUAUAUAUGGAUCUUCUGAAAGUUUUUUGAGGUGCAAGUUUUUCUGUUUGUUUUUCUCGUUGAUCAAUGAACAUAAUGCUGAGAUUCAAUCACUACAUGAAACACGUGACUGUGAAAGCCACACACCCCCUGAAUGGCUGUUUCCCAGAUGGCUCUGGGGAAGCUACGCAACAGUCAGGUGCCCGUUUCAGAAAGAUUGGUCCUCUUUCCUGACCCUCCCCAGGGCUCUCUCCUCCCUCUCUUCAACAAGGAAGAUAAUCCUAGUGAUUUCAGGCCAUGCAUUAAACAGGAAACAAUAAGUUUGUAGGAUUCAUAUUUUUCUAAAGGGAACUUAAAAACUGCUGCUACGUGUUACGUACAAAACUGGUUUAUGCCACAUGAACAGAGAAUCACAGUUUGGUUUGGGUACUUUCAUUCUUCUUUGUGUUGUACAGUACUUCCAAAUUCAAAAUGAAAAGCUGUUGUGUAUCAAACCAUCUAAGCAAUAAAAUGUUAUAUUUUAAAAUUG